GUCAGUGCAGACUGCAGAAGGCUGUAUAACAGUCAUUAAACAUAGUUAAGAUGCUCGACAACAACAAUAACAAUAUCGAGAGAAGAACAGCAAAAGUUAUUGGAAGUUGCUGCUAGAAAACAGAGAUUCGUAGAACGCAGAAUGAUAGGUGCUGGCAAGAUCAUGCUCGAAGAUGAAUCCACCAUCUGUGAAGACAUGCUUAAUGCUUUGGUUGUUAGUGGUCUCCAAGCAAAGGCAGCUGCUUUCAAUGAUUACAAUUUCGAGACACCUAACCGAAGUCCAUUGGCAAUAGACAAUCAAAGAACAGCCAUUCUUGAACUUCUCAAAAUAGAAAAUGUCAUCAUUGUUAAGGGCUUUACCGGUUGUGGUAAAACCACUCAAGUUCCCCAAUUUGUUUUAGAUGAAUGCUACCGAACCAAAACUCCUUGCAACAUUGUUGUGACUCAACCAAGGCGCAUUGCAGCCAUUAGCAUAGCCAAAAGGGUCUGCUAUGAAAGAAAUUGGACAUUGGGAACCGUUGUUGGAUACAGAGUUGGCAUGGAACAUCAAGUAAGUGAAUCAACUUUGCUCACCUAUCUGACCGCAGGAUGCCUUCUUGAAGCGUUAGUAGCCAAAAAAUCCCUUGAAGGCUAUACCCACAUCAUUAUUGACGAAGUACACGAGAGGGAUGAAGAUACUGACUUCCUUCUCUUGGUCGUCCGAAAGUUCCUCCGUCAUACGAGGACGACAACUAAAGUCUUUCUGAUGUCAGUUACUUUUGAUGCCGACAAAUUUGGGCAAUAUUUCAAUAGCCCCGUCAUUGGAAACUUUCCGUUCACGUCCAAAAGACCAUUUCGCAACGCUCCCAUAAUUGAAGUGGAGCACGGUGAACCUCACGACAUCCGCGUUUACUAUAGUGAACAUCUUCAAAAACUAGAGUUUCUAGGGGGGAGUAUGAACUACCCCUAUUUUAGCGUACCGGAAAUCCAUAAGCUCAAAUACGAAGCGGUCGCUAAGUUAAUUUCGGCUUUCGAUGGCAGACGAGAGAUACAGCGCUACGGUCGCCAUCCAAAAUCCAAAAUAUGAAAACAUUUCCAGCAACCGCAGCGCAAUACUUAUAUUCCUGCCCGGCGUCUGUGAAAUAGAAAAUAUGCACAAAGCUUUGCUCGACUACGACAUCAAUUCUGAUUUCGAGAACUGUUGGUACAUCCUACCACUACAUUCACAAAUCACCAGUGAAGAGCAAAAUCGCGUCUUCCAGCCAAUGUCUAGUCUAGCUCCACAUUUCAGUAAUUUCCGGAAAAUCAUUCUGUCCACGAAUAUCGCUGAAAGUUCGCUCACGGUGCCAGACGUUACCUACGUAAUUGAUUUCUGUCUCAUCAAGGAGCUCGUCACGGACCCAGAUACCAAUUUGAGUAGGCCAGUAGGCCGGAUACCACCGACGUCGGCAGAUUAUUAUAGUGCUGGCUAUACCAUCAAGCCCCCGCCACAGUGCAAAAGAGAAAAUGGCCGAGAGCCAGACAGCAAUGGUAUUGGACUUUGUUCACUCGGUCGGAUUUCCACAUCUUUCUCUCUUUUUCCUCCAUCCGCGUUUAGAUCUAUCUAUAAGUUCUCCGCCCGGUAUUCUAGAUAGUAUACAUUCUGACCAAAUUUUGUCGUCUUGUGUAGCAGAGAAAUCCCGUAGCACAAGCUUGAUUGAAUCUCUUCUUUUCCACGGUGCCGCUACAUCGGCUGAGUGCGGCAAACUAAUGUUUCUCUUCUCAUCAAUAGCUUUUGUGCUCUUGCCUUGCUGCUUUGAUGUUGAUUACAGCAUUUUCAUUAAACAAAUGGUCCGCCCUAUUAACUCUUUUUUCUGCAUAAAAUUGUAUGCCCCUAUAUGUAGACACGUGGAUGACUGCAUAGACCAUCAACAGUCGCUUUC